CGGCAGGCGUCGAAGUCGCCUCGGCCAAAAUGGCGGCCACUAUACGCUUGUGUUUCGUUUCCCUCCUCGCGACCGCACUCGCCCAGGAUUACUACACUUCCCGAGUCGGCUCAAAACUGCCCUCAUGCUACAACAACAGGCAACCGCAACGGUGCAUCCCCGAGUUCGAGAAUGCUGCCUUCAAUGUGCAGAUGGAGGCCACCAACACGUGCGGAGACAAUGGCGUCAAAAUGUACUGCUUGCAGACGUCGGCUGGCACUUCCACGAGAUCUUGCGACUACUGCCAGCCGGGCCUGUUCUCCAGCUACUACCUGACGGAUCUGCACCACGAGACCGACAACCAGACCUGGUGGCAGUCGGAGACCAUGAAGGAGGGCAUCCAGUACCCUAACCAGGUCAACUUGACCUUGCAUUUGGGCAAAGCAUACGACAUCACCUACGUGAGGAUCGUGUUUUACUCGCCCAGGCCUCAGAGUUUCGCCAUCUAUAAGAAGACCAGCGAGGACAAGGACUGGGAACCAUUCCAGUACUUCAGUGCAUCAUGCCGAGACACGUACGGCGUGCAGGAGCAAAGGGCAGCGGAGACUGGUGCGGAGACCCGCGCUCUUUGCACCAGCGAGUAUUCCGAUAUAUCACCCCUGUCGGGAGGAAACGUGCUCUUUUCAACCCUGGCGGGACGACCUUCGGCGUACACCUUCGAUAGCAGUCCCGAAUUACAGGAAUGGGUGACAGCGACCGAUCUGCGCAUCUCCCUCGACCGCCUGAACACUUUCGGAGACGAAAUCUUCGGCGACGUCCAAGUGCUUCAGUCGUAUUGGUACGCCAUCGCCGACGUGUCGGUGGGAGCCCGUUGUAAAUGCAACGGGCACGCGUCGGUCUGCGACACACAGGACCUGCCCGAUGGGACUAAGAUGAAGUCUUGCAGAUGCGAGCACAACACAGCAGGCCGCGACUGCGAGCGCUGCCUGGACUUUUACAACGACGCUCCGUGGGGUCGCGCGUCGCCUACCAACGUGCACGAAUGCAAAGCGUGCAACUGCAACGGGUUUUCGAACAAGUGCUACUUCGACAAGGAGUUGUACGAGCGCACCGGCCACGGCGGCCAUUGCAUCGACUGUGCCGAGAACAGGGACGGACCCAACUGUGAAAGAUGCAAGGAGAACUUCUACCAGGGCUAUGGUGACAUCUGUCUGCCCUGUAACUGCAACCCAACUGGAUCCCGCAGCCUCCAAUGUAACGCGGAAGGCCGGUGCCAGUGCAAGCCUGGCGUGACGGGCGACAAGUGUGAUGCUUGUGCGCCAAACCACUACGAGUUCACCACCAUGGGCUGCAAGCCUUGCGGCUGCGAGGAGGCUGGAUCCUACGCCAACUCGCCGCAGUGCAACCCUGACACUGGCGUGUGUGUCUGCAAGCAGAACGUCGAAGGGAAGCGUUGUAGAGAAUGCAAACCAGGCUUCUUCAACCUGGACAUCAACAACGAGUUCGGUUGUACGCCGUGUUUUUGCUUCGGCCAUUCCUCUCAGUGUAGCUCGGCGCCCAAGUACCAGGCGCACGAGUUGAGCGCGCACUUUAUAAGGGAUUCUGAGCGAUGGGGAGCAGAAGACGACCAGCGGAGGCCGGCGCCGCUCAUGUUCAACGCCAACACGCAGAAUAUAGCCGUGCAAUCAAAUGGUCCCGAAAUAAUCUACUUCUUAGCAUCGCACCAGUUCCUCGGAGACCAAAGACCCUCAUACAACCACGACCUCAAGUUCACUCUUCGCCUCGGCGAAGCUCGCGGGUACCCGUCAGCUCAGGACAUCAUACUAGAAGGAGCUAGAUCCUCCAUAUCCAUGAACAUCUAUGGGCAGAACAAUCCAGAACCUUCUGAUCAGUCGCAAGAAUAUAGUUUCCGCUUGCACGAAGAUCCUCGGUAUGGAUGGACUCCCACGCUCUCCAACUUUGAAUUUAUGUCGAUCCUGCAAAACUUGACUGCUAUCAAGAUCCGUGGCAACUACAACAAGGGGGGCACUGGUUACCUCAUGAACUUCAAGUUGGACACUGCCAAAGUGGGAAGGGAGAGGGGAUUCGCCCCCGCUAACUGGGUGGAGAAGUGCUCGUGCCCGAAGGCCUACGUGGGAGAUUAUUGUGAGGAGUGUGCCCCAGGGUUCAAGCAUGAGCCCGCUAAUGGAGGGCCGUACUCCGCCUGCAUUCCUUGCGACUGUAACGGACACGCGCACAUCUGUGACACUGCUACUGGGUUCUGUAUCUGCAAACACAACACAACCGGCAGUAACUGCGAGCUCUGUGCCAAAGGCUUCUACGGAAAUGCCAUCGCUGGUACCGCCGAUGACUGCAAGCCCUGCCCCUGCCCUAAGGACAGUGGGUGUAUCCAACUCAUGGAUUCCAGUAUCGUGUGCACUGACUGUCCUGAGGGAUACGCUGGACCUAGAUGCGAAGUGUGUGCGGACGGACACUUCGGCGAUCCAACUGGCCAGUUCGGACCGGCGCAGGAGUGCCAGGAGUGCCAGUGCAAUGGAAAUGUUGAUCCUAACGCGGUGGGCAACUGCGACCGGACUACAGGGGAGUGUCUGAAGUGCAUCUACAACACCGCCGGGGACCACUGCGACAAGUGCUUGAGCGGAUUCUACGGAGACGCCCUCGACCAGAAGAACAAAGGAGACUGCAAGCCUUGCGAGUGUCACGAAGCGGGCACCCAAGAGAGCCCUGAGGGACCCCCUAUGUGUGACGGCCUCACUGGCUACUGCUCCUGCCGCCCGCAUGUCAUUGGCAGGAACUGCGACAAGUGCGAGGACGGCUACUACAACAUUGACUCAGGAGAGGGAUGCAUUCCUUGCGACUGCCACCUGGAGGGCUCGUACAACGCCACCUGCAACCCCUACACCGGCCAGUGCUACUGCAAGCCGGGCAUUGACGGCAAGCACUGCGACCAUUGCCGCGCGUACCACUACGGCUUCUCCGGCACGGGUUGCCUGGACUGCGACUGCGACGACUGGGGCUCCACCAACUACCAGUGCGACGUGGCCGGCCAGUGCUCCUGCCAGGAGAAUGUCGAGGGCCGCCGCUGUGACAGAUGUAUGGAGAACAAAAAACGGCGCGCCGACGGGCAGGGCUGCGAAGACUGCCCGCCCUGCUACAACCUGGUGCAGGACGCCGUCAACGACCACCGCAAGGAGCUCAAACAAUUGGACGAGAUCCUGGCGAAGAUAUCCAAGACACCAACAGUGGUUGAAAACCAGGACUUCGAUAACGAGCUGCAGCGAGUGCGCGGCGAGAUCGAGCGCCUCAUCCAGGAUGCGCAGACGCAGCUGGGCGCAGGACCCGGGGCCAGCCUCACGGAGAACCUCUCGGAACUGGCCGACAGGCUCGCGGAUGUAAGGAACAUGCUGUUCAAGAUUGAAGACGAGAGCUACGAGGGCUACGAAGCUGUGGAGAGAAGCAAGGGCAACGUCUCCAAGGCAGAAGACACCAUCGAGGCUGCACAGAAGGAAAUCAACAGCGCUCUUGAAUAUCUGGAGGGCGAAGGCGCCGCAGCCUUGGCCAAGGCCCGCGACCGCUCCGACCAGUUCGGCAAGCAGUCCGGGGAAAUGUCCAACCUGGCCAAGGAGUCUCGUCUUCUGGCCGAGAGACUGGAGAACGAGGCCAGGAACAUCAGGGAGAUCGCUGAGAAGGCAUUCAACAGCUCGCUCUCCGCCAACAAAAUUGCUAAAGAUGGGAUCACUAAGCAGGCAAACAUCAGCAACGAAAUCCAGAUCCUGAGCAACGAGCUGAAUGCAGCUAGCGGGAAGCUGAGCAGCAUGGCUGAACUUGCCGAGCAAGCGCUCGACCGCGCCAAGAAGGUCUACGACGAGGCUCUGGGCCUGUACGCAGAGGUCAACACCACCAUGCUGCCCGACAUCAAAAUCUGGAACCUGAAGCAGGACGCCGCCGAAGUUAACAAGACCAUUGAUAGCAAAUCAGCAGAGCUGGAUCGUCUCAUUGCCGAAAACGAGGAAACUCUCCACACUCUCGACACAGCUGUAACUCGGGGAAGGGAGCUGCUGGACCAAGGCCACGACAGACAGGACGAGCUCAACGACCUGCUGGCCAAGCUGGACGAGCUGCAAGCGCAGGCCCGACACGACGUGGAACUCACCAACGCUACCUUGAAAGAGGCAAAUGAGAUCUACAAGACGCUUAAAGAAUUCAGCGACCAAGUGACGGAGUCCCGCCAGCAGGCCAACCAAGCUGCUCAAGAGGUGCCCAGCAUCCAAGAGAAGGUAGCUGCCGCUGAAGAGAGCAUCAACAGCAUCACUGAGGAGCUGACCGUGGCCAGUGACCGAGCCAAGGAAGCCAGGGACAUGGCGCGCCAGGCGCAGAUGGAAUACGCCGAGAAGGCCUCAGAGGCUGCUCAUGAGAUCCGCAAGAAGGCGUCCUCGGCCAGAGCUGACGCUUCCAAGCUCAGGGAUGAGACCGACAAACUGUCUACGCGUGUUCAAGGAACUGCUAAGCAAAUCGAAGAUCUGGAGAAAGAAGCAGCUGAUAAUAAGCAGCUUACAGGCGACGCGAAGAUGAAAGUCGGUCAAGCCAACACCGACGCUAGAGAGGCUGACAAGCAAGCCUCUCAAGGUCUUGAAGACCUGAAGAUCAUCAUGGAGGAACUUCAGAAUCUGCCUACACUGGACGACCAAGCGUUGGAUAGGCUGCAGGAAAGCUUGGACGCAGCUGAGCAGGCCUUGCGGGCGGCUGACCUUGAUGGCAAGAUCAAGUCGCUGACAGAAGCAAAGAACAACCAUCAAAGGUGGAUGAAGCAGUACCAAGAACAGCACCAAGAGCUCCAAGGCGAGGUGGACAACGUGAAGGACAUCAUGGAGCAGCUGCCUCAAGGCUGCUUCAAGCGCAUCGUGCUCGAGCCCACUGAGGCGCCCAGCCGUCCCGCCUACAGCAACUAGACAGCACCAGGUAUAAACUGUGUGCCUGAAUACUAUCAGGAGCGUCGGAGAUACGUCGACGCAGUGAUGCGACUCUCAUGAAUACACAUAGUCACACAUUUUAGAGUCAGUAAUUUGAACCGUGUAGCUAUGAUCGGUCAUAUAGUAUCAUAAAAAUAAUAAAAAGCACAAAAAAAUAGGUUACUUAUUUUCAGUGGGGACCUCCGGAAAAAACAACAUUCUGAGGGUCUUAGCUCUCGAUUGAUUGUAAAAAAAAGGGGGCACCGCGUCAUUUACUCACUAAUAUAAACGUAAAAUUACUGACUCAUACAACUAAUAGUCAUUGAUGUUGUGUCCAUAUAAUAAUCGUAAUGAUACUCUCAAGUUUUAAUCUCACUAAUAAUCUAUCCAAGAGGCUACCAAUCCUAACAAUGUUGUACUUUGCUGUACCUAUUUUAAUUUGUAUUCAAAAAGAGGCGACGCUCCCAACAUCCCUGUGCCUUGAAACUUGUUCUUUUUUUUAUUUUAGGUUAAACAUGACGAAAAUAUUUGUUAUUGUAUCAAGUCAUUAUAGUUUUAAUAAAGUUUUAACUUCCUAUAUUAUUUCUCGUAUGAAACCUUUUUUACAUAUUUUUAGUAGGAGUGUGGGUGCUUGAGCAGAGCAGUGCUGUAGAGUUUCAGUACGGAGGACAUUGAGUACUUUUGUCUGAUAUACUUAAAACCUACCUUCUCGAUAUUUAACGUCUUUAAGGCAUCACUAUUAUACCUACUAUUAACUUCUAUUACAAGGUCACUUAACUUGCAGAUAUCCUGAAGAAAGAAAAGUUGCACAAAAACUCUACCGUCUACCCUGCUUAGGCACUCCCGCUAGCACUGACUAAAUUGUAAUUACAAUUAAAGCAUCAUCGAUGCUCUAUUUUGAUAAAAAUAUACAUUUACCUUAGUCCCGUUAAUUUACUAGUUGCUGAUGCUUUUAGAACUACAAAAAUAUUAAUGAUUCCAUUGCCCUGGCAAUUUAGGUUUAUUUCGUGAAUUUAUUCCAUGUUCUACCUAUAGCUUCUAUUAUGAGAAAAAUGAUAGGCAACCGCGUUAUGUUUAUAUUUCAAAAAGUGCCAUAGGAUUGUAGUGACUUAUCUUCUUUAUUAUUGUGUACUUAUGUACAGUCGACGGCACAUCAGCCUCCUAUUAAUGGUGAAUAUUCCCAAUAGAUCGUGGAAUUUGUGCGUCUUGUAAUACGGUUCAAAAUCGAUUAUGGUAGGUUGGUGUACUAUCCACUGUGCUAACUGCAUUUAUCCGCAUUUUUUGUACUUAGAAUAGUAUAUUGUAAGGUCUUAAAUAUAUCAAAUAGUAAAUUACUCAAUUAGUAAUAGCAUUUUUGAACAAAAUUCACCUUUUUUCAUAACUUUGCCGGCUAUACGGGGUCAGCCUUUUUAAUGAGUGCCCAGGCAAGUAUUGCUGAAUAAAAUUGUAGGUAUCAUUUUGUAAGUUAGUACCUACCUACUGGAUCACUGCUUAAAACCACUUGUUUGUCUGUAAAACUAUAAGUAUAACUAUACAUUUUAAUAAUAACUCUGAAUACACAUUCAUUGUAGUCACUUUGAUGUCAAAUUUUAUCCAAUUUAAUAAUAAUAAAGCACGGACCCAUUAAUGUAUUUUUAAAUUAUUUCACAGUGCCAUUAUUAUGUAUUCUGGUACAAUUGUAAAUAUUUUAGUUAAAUGUAAAUAUAUGAUUAAGUUCAAUUUUAUUGCUUUCAUUAGGUUUGAACACUAUUUAAUCAAAACAAUCGGUUCAAAUAUUCCUGGAUUCAUAUCGCCAAAGAAAAAACAAUAUAAUUAUGUACGUGUAUUUAGUUUUUUUGGAUACUAUUUUGUGCUUUUUCUGAAUGAUUUUGUGAGUUUAUUAAUAUAAAAAUGUAGUUUAUUUAUUUGCAUCAAA